UUGUCAUAUACUGCAGCAGAGUAGAAUUGUACAUAAUAACCAAAUUUAAUAAACAUUCAACAAAACAUCAUAUAUUCUGUCAUCGAGCUUGUAAAUUUAUAUUUUUGUAUAUAUAUUCUAUAAUAUUUAUUUUAAAAUGACAGAUACUGAAAAACCCUUCGCUUGCUCGUCUCCAGGAUGUAAUAUGAGUUUUGUUAAUGAAGACCAUUUGGUAGUUCAUAAAAAAAAACACGAUAUGAUUUUAAAUCUUGGAACAGGUGGUAAAAGUAAUGCGUUUAUAGCUGAUCAAACACCAACACCGACACGAUUUAUCAGAAAUUGUGAAGAAGUCGGUUUGUUUCAAGAUUUACAAAAUGUCAAUCCCUUUGAAGAAACUUUCCGACGUGCGGUAGAAGGGAAAAUUGGAUCAUUAUCUGAGUCUGAGAUUGUUAUAAAUGAUGAUACGUUGCAUACCCCACAUGUAUUUCCACAUAUAGAAGACAAUAGAUCAAAUAAAAUAGUUUUGCAUCGAGCUGAUACCGAUACUGAAAACGAAGAAACGUUGGAAAGUAAAUCGAAAGAUGAAUUAAAAUCAAAUUGUGAAAGUUUAGAAGUUGUUACUUGUAAAGAAAUUAAAAAGACAUCUGAAACAAUUGUUAUACAAGAAGCGGAUACGUCAAUUAUUCAACAAUCUCCAUCACCGUUACCAUCAUCCACAAGCUUAUCAAUAAACGGUGAAGAAGUGCAGUUUCUUUUGAAAACUCAAGAUGGAAAAUUAAUGCAACUUUCUGCAACUUCCGUGAUUGAUUCAUCAACUCCAGUUACUGUUCAAUCCCAACAGACGAAACCACAAACAAUUCUGAUAAAAACAGCAAUACCACUAAAGAGUAAUGAAGGAGAAAAGUCAAUCAAAAAAGUAAACCCACCUCCUCUGUCAGAUGCUAAGCAGCGUCUAAGAGAAGCUAUUAUCAAAAACGGCACUGUAACAAGUACAGAAGUAAUAAAAAAUGACAAAGUACAAAAUAAUGAUAAAAAAAAGUGUUUAGCAAAGAAAGUUGAAGACAAAAACGAAAAAAACAUAGACUUAAGUAGAAAAAAAGAUGUUCAAGCUAGAAAUCGUGCAAGUUCGAUGAGAGCGCGAGCAAAAAGAAAACAAUGGAUUAAUCAACUUCAACACUCAUUAGAUGAAGCAAACAAAGUAAAUGCUAGACUACAAAUGGAAAUAUCAAAUUUACGAUUAGAAGUCGGUAAUUUAAAAACAAUUUUAUUAGCCCACAAAAAUUGCUCGGUAACUAAAGAAAUGGAAAAAGGUAAUAAAAUACUUGUAGAGCCUAAAUUUAUAUCAGUAUCGUCGUUAAGACUGUCAGAGAAAACAUCUAUUUUGUCGAAUGAAGUAAUACAAGGCAUAAAACGAGAGAGUGUAGCAAGAGAUGAGCCAUGUGUUGGAAAUAAAAAAUUAAAAACAAAAAAACAAUCGAUAUUAUUACCAAAAAAUGAUGAUAAAAUGGUACCUAUAGUAACUAAAAUAGUCAGUAAUUCUUGCAAUGAUGUUAAAUUUUUAAAUAUUAGUGAAAUAGUUGAUGAUAAACGUAUUAAUAAGCCUAUUUUAAUUGUUCAAAAUCCACAAGAAAAAAAAGUUCAAAUAAUUAAUACUCGGCAAGUUGUACAAGUGGAUCAGAGCUUGCAAUUAAUUAACGUAGCGUCCAAAACAACAGGGACUUAGUUUUGUUAUUCUAUUUAUCAAAUGAUAUUUUAGUUGGAAAAUUUCAAUGAAAUCAGACAUAAUGUACACAGAAAAAAACUGACUUGAAUCAAGAAGAAUUUACUUGACCCAAGAAUAUUAGUAUUAAGAACUAGUUUUUUUUGGUGCAAGAAUAUAUUUUUUUUUAAAUUUAGAAUUUAGAAUUUCGUUUAUUAAUGCCAGGGCACAGUUUCAUUACAUAGUGAGUACACGGAAAGAAAAUUAUGGCAGCGGUUCCCAUAAUUUUGUGAAAUUUUUUCCUAUACCAUCAUAGGAAUUACGGCCAUAAAUUAUGGGAGCGGUUCCUAUAAUUAUAGGAAUGGUUCCUAUAAUGUAUAGGAAUACUUUCUAUAAUAUUAUGGGAAUCAUUCCUAUAAUAGUAUGGGAACUAUUCCCAUAAUAUUAUGGGAAUGAUUCCCAUAAUGCAAUUGGAAUGGUUCCUAUACCAUUAUGGGAAUCAUUCCCAUAACAUUAUAGUGUGGUAAUCACUUCUACAAUACACAGAAAUAUUAUUAAACAUAAAAACAAAAAUUCAAACAUUGAAAAAAAAAAUCGUAUUUGGCAAAAAAACAUUAAAAUUUUUAACAAGAAUUUUUUGUCAGCACAAAAAAUUCAAGAAAAUUCAAAUUUUGGGAAAUUUCUACACUAUUGUGCAAAAAAAAAUUUUAUGAUAUUAUAGGGAUGGUUCCCAUAAUAUUAUAGGAAUAGUUCCCAUACCAAUAUGCGAACCAUUCCCAUAAUGCAUAGCAAAACUUCCCAUAAUUUUCUUUCCGUUAACAUUUAUUACAUAAGAAACAUAUAGUUGUGAGUACAUAGUACAACUAUAUAAAAUAUGAAUACUUUAGAUAAAUUUGGUUUACAAUUACUUCGAUAUUCAUUCGGUAAUAAUUAUUAAAAAACAAGGAUUUAAAGUAUAAAGUCUCAAUUUUACUUUUACUUAGUUCAACUGGUAAUUUUACGUAUUGCACUGAGUUUAUCCUUAUCACAGUCACUAGGUAAUCAAUUUUUGACUUAGUAUACAGUAUUGAUUUUUUUGAUUCAAGAAAAUAUUUCUUCAAUUGAUUAAUUUAAAUUCUUGACCCGAGCUUUAAUUGAGAUUAGAAUUCUUGUAUGAAGAAUUUCUCGUUUUUGAUACCAACAAAUAUUUUUUCGAUUUAAGAAACAGAAUGACAAAACAAGAGUUUAAUUUUGUAAAAAAAUUCUUGAUUCAAGUUUAAUUUUAUUUGUGCAUGAAAUGCUAGAUGAUCUGCUUUGUACCUUUUAAUUUAAGUAGGAAUAUUAAUUACAAACAAUAGCAAUAAGUCAUUAAUUUUUAUUGACUAAUAUUUAAUUUUUUAAUUGUAAAAAAUAUAUUUUUCUAGGCAAUACUAAUAAUAUAUUUAAAUACUUAUAGUAAUAAUUUAAUCGCUGGCGAUUAUUUUUAUGUUUUUACAUGACAAAGUAGCAUUUGUUU